GUAGAACUCAUUUCCGGACCCUGACGACGUCCUGUCACAAAAUGUUUCCCCUCAGGUUAAAUACAAGGAAGUCCGCUAUAAGUCUGAACGUGAUGUUUGGUCGUGUUUAGCUCAUGUUUUUAGCAUCGUAGUGUUGGGUUGUAAGCACAAAUGGACUCCAAGGAUUCACAAAAUAAGGCAGUAUUCCAGUUGAGACGAUCGACAAGGCAGUCAUCCGUGAAAAUGCGUGAACCGACUCCCAGGGAUCCUAUAAAGAAAAGUAAACGGAAGAAGGUGUUAGACAAUGAAGCCCCAGAUCCAGCUGUCAAUGGGUCUGAGGAUGAAGAGUCCCCAAGCAAGAAGAUCCGACUGCAUCUUAAUGGUGCUGGUGACGAAAAUGAAAUGGACAUCCAGGAAUCAGGCAAAAGUCAACAGAAAACUGAAGAGCAGAAAAUGGAUAUUGAAGUGGAUAUAUACAGGGAAAUAGGCAUUGCUGGUGAUGUGAAUCUACACCCCCGUGUAGUGCUUGGUGAGCCCUGCAAAUUCAGUCAUGUUGUCAUUUCAGACAACUUGAUAACUCAGAGAGGUAAACCAAUGCCUUCCCUAAACUCUGCAUCUCAGAUUAGACCAACAGAGAGGAGACACGAAGCAUAUGCCCCAAAUCCUACUCAGAUGGAGGAAAAGAUCACUGUUCAACAAUCAAAGAAAGAAUCAGGAGCUCCCCCCAAAGUUGCCACUCAAGUAAGACCUUUAGAGAGAAGUCAUGAUGCACCUGCUCCAAAUUUUACCAGUAUGGCAGAAUACAAGAGGAAGAUGGAGGAAAAGAUCACUGAUACACAUAAAGGCAAUCACUAUGUCCCAAGGGCGUAUGCUGCCUCUGAUGUGUCUAAAACAACCCGACAACGUGUGUCCAAUAUUCUACCACCGAAAACAAGUCUCCCGGACAUAAAAAAAGAGGGAAAAAAGAAAACCGCUGUUAAACCACAAACCUCAGGAAGUUUUUUGAAGGGGUCCUUGUGGUAUUUAUGUCAUUUGAUUCUCUUGGUACUUGUCAGUUGUGGUGUUUUUCUGGCAUACAAGAACAUCCCUGUGCUCCAGAGGACUAGGGCUGGUGCAGGGCCUCCACUUCAGUCUGCCAACUCAGGUAUAUUUAUAGACAGACUGUCUCUUCUAGAGGCUCAGUUCCCCAGCCAGCGUCCUGACCUGUGGAAGAGGAGCAAAAUCCACCUGCAGAGGCACCUGGAGACGGCCCAGCCCACAGAACCAGUCAGUCUGAUCCUGACGGCAGGCCUCGGGGCUCAGAGAACGCUGCGUUGCUUGGCUAACGGCCUGGCCUCCGCCUUCUCUUCUGCCCUCAACGCCUCUGUCCUUCACAUUGACGGAGCCAGCAAAGCCGACCAGGACAGCGAUGAGGUGAAGCUGGACAUCGACAGCCAGCUCAGGGCAGCCUUCGAAGGAGACAAACCUGUAGCCGUCAUUCAUCGCUUCGAAGAGCUGCCUCCUGGCUCCACCAUCAUUUUUUACCGUUACUGUGACCAUGAGAAUGCUGCGUACAAACAGGUGUUCUUGUUAUUUACCGUGUUGCUCCCACAGGAUGAAGUUGAAGGCCAAAAAAAUUUAAAGGAGGUGGAGGAGAUGGUGCAGGACUAUGUGAAGGAGAGGCUGGUGGGAAAUGAAACUGCCUUCAAUAAGAUGGACACCGAUAAGUACGGUGGACUGUGGAGCCGCAUCUCCCAUCUAAUCUUGCCUGUGACAUCUGAGAGGGAAGUUGAGCAGAGAGGAUGCUGAUGAACCAAGAAGGACCCCAAAGUGGUCUGGAAACCACUUUGGAUCAGACUAUUUGUUCUGUAAGUACUAUGACCCCCAUUUGAAAUAAGAACAUAUACUUUGUGUGUGGUUAUUUUUCACUUGUACAGAAUGAUACAGUCUGAAAUUUCUUUUAAUUUCCCUUUGUGUGAGGUUGGAACUGAGUAUGAUUACAUAAUAGUAACCCAUUUUUUGCCCUUAUUCUGAGAACAACAAAAAUCCUGAUACAUUGUUCACAAAGCUAGUGGAAAUUUCACCAAUAUUCUGGUUGUAUGCCUCUGUGCACCAACCCCUCCAUUUAAAAAAAAACAAAAAAAAAAAAACAAACAAAAACAAAUUAACAGAUGCCCCACCAUGUGAAUUGAGCCUCCUUCUUUCAUUCUUUUAAAUGUGUUUGUGAAAAUAUCAUCUUUUUCAUAUAUGCUCAUAUCAAAAAUCUGUUGCUAUCCUCUUUCAUAAUGUUUUAAAAGUAGAUGUUUUUCUCCUUCUGACUAGAAAUCUUUCAUUUCCAUCUGUCUCAACCCCUGGUUAAACCCACAAAUUAGAUGUGUAUUACCAAUGCAACGUAUACAUGUCCUAAGAAUCAUGACAAAACGAGAAAAAAUGUUAGCACAUGUCUAUUUGAAACUGCUUUAUUUGGGGGAAAAGCCUAAUUCAGAAUAUACAGAAUGACAGUCCUCAAAUUCAGAGCAAUAGUGGAGUAUUAGUCUAUAUGUAAAGAUACUCUGUUCUAUUUUUUUCAUUCCACUUCCAAGGUAAGUAAUCUGCAUGUUGUGAUGCAGCUUUAGUCGAUAAUAUUUACUACCUUGAUAAGAUGUGUUAUUUCCUUGCAUCAAUCUGUUUGUUCAGCAGCUUUUUAUCUACAUUUCUCAUGUCAUUAAUGGAGACUUUCCAUCUCAGAGUGGUUCUUAGUAACUGAUCAGUGUUCAUCACUGGGAGACUUUCCUGUGGACCUUUUUUUAUUUUCUCAUUUAAUAUCUUGUGUGAAAUCUACUAUACAACUGAUGGUUCAUGUUUGUGUCUGUUUAUAUGUCCUGAUUACUGAGUGUCACGUUAUUAAAGUCUGAUAUUUACACAGUUUGGUUUUGCACUAAAAUGUUAGAUUUUUUUUUUUUUUUUUUUUUUUUUACCAAUGCAUUUAGAGGACUGACUUUUAAAAUAUUUAGUUAAAUUUUUUGUUUGCUGCCUAUGUGAAUAUUUGUGAUAUAUUGUCCUUUUUU